GAAGUAGCAAAGGUUAAAUUAGCGAAAACAAGUAGCCAACAGACUGAAGAGAGACACAAAACCGAACAAAUUUGAACUCGAACAGCCUAUUCGAGCAAUGUCUGAGGCGGGUGCAGCAGGCGUCCCCCCAGCAGCACCCCCCGGCGGGAUUCCCAAGCUGCGGCCCACUCGGGCUCACAGCCGGCGGCCCCGGCCCCUGCAAGGCCGGCGGUCCGCCCGCCAGCCCGGUCUGGGGCUGCCAGGGUCACAGGGCGGGCACAACGCGGCGCAGCCCAGCGCCCAUCACCCGGGCAGCCCGGCCGGCAGCUGCGGCAUAGGCCCGUCCCCCUCGAUCCGGGUAUCACCGCCCCGGGGCGGCCCUGCCGCCGUCACCGCCCUCUGUGCCGCGGCGGGCGAGCUGCGGGGACGCGCGGCGCCGCGCCUGGGCCGGACCCGCUCCCGCUCCCGGACCGGCCCGCCGGAGAGUGCAGAAAUGUCUCCCUUCGAAAAUAAAGGACUAAUACUGGGCAUAAUGGCAGGAACUGCUGGAAUAAGCCUGGUGCUGAUUUGGUACCGUAAGAUCCGAAAACCUGGUGCUGUGCGUAUACCUGCCUUCCUAGAUGUAGGUAACAGGCUUAAUUCUGUGGGCUUGCAAAAUGAAGCUCCUAAUGAGCAAGGAGCAGUAAUGGUUUUACACGGAAGGCAACUGCAGAUACUAGAAAAACUGAAUGGCUUGCUAAUAAGUGUGGACGAACUGAAGAGAGAGGUGAAAUUCCUGAAAGAAGCUAUUCCAAAGCUUGAAGAGCUUGUUCGAAAUGAGCUUCAAGGGAAGGGAGAUGUUCAGAGAGUUAGCCCAUCACACAGAGCAACAAAGCGGAGAAAAGCUGAGACAGCUUCUGGUGCAACAGAAACUACCAGCUCUGAGGAGGCCGAAAGUGAAGGAGGUUAUCUUACAGCUCAUACCGAUUCUGAAGGAGACUCUGAGGAAGAAAAGGGAUGGAUGAAAUCACCCGAUGCCAUUGUGAAAUCAGAAGAAGGCUUAUUUAGUCUUUUACAGCAGGUGGACAAUUUGCACAAGGGUUCAGAAGGUGAUAAAAAAGAGGCCUUCAGACUGCUGCUUGAGAAAGAUGACAAGUAUGAAAACUGUGUGGACUUUCUUUGGAGACUUGCACGUGCUUAUGGAGAUCUUUUUGAGAUGACUACUGAUGCUGAGGAGAAGAGGAAAUAUGUUACUGAUGGAAAGAUUAAAGCUGAGAAGGCUGUUCAGCUGGAUGCCAGGAGUGCUGAGAGUCACCAGUGGUUUGCAAUUAUGUGUGGCUAUAUGUCUCAGUUUGAAAGUGUACAAAACAAAAUCAGGAAUGGUUAUCUCUUUAAGGAGCACCUAGACAAAGCAAUUGAACUUAAGCCUCAAGAUCCUUUAUUAUAUUACCUAAAUGGAAGAUGGUGCUAUUCAUAACCUGAAACACUCGGAUUUUCAUAGUACAAGUAAAUGCAAGUAUAGAACUGAAUAACAUUUUGUUUUAACUUCUGGGGCUGUCAGCUCUUAAAAACUUACUGUCUUUUGCACACUAUCAGUAGGACAAUGAGGCCAUCAUUUGGGAACAUUAGUUUUGAGGCUCUACUAUGGAAGCUAGAUCUUAAUCCUAGUGAAGUUGGUGAUGUUGUCAUUGGUUUUAGCAGACUGUAUGAGUAGGUUUCUGUGCUGAUCCACUAACACAGGUUUUGGCCAUGCAUGUGAUGUAGAUAGUCAUAGGAGCUUGUGGAAGAUGUGACAAAUUCCUUGGUCCUAUUCUGCAGACUGUGGUGUUUCAUGCUAUGGUAAUUAUCCCAAAAGUAGACUGUUGGCUAGGGAUUAUGAUAGGGUGGUUAAAAAAUUAAUUCAUCACUCCUUCUCUGUACUGGUACCUGCAGAUGGAGUGAUAAUGCUCUGUUUUUUAUGUUUAGUCUAGCUGUGGUUGAGGCUGGGAAGGCUGUGUUGUCCAGUGUGAGGAAAUUAAAGAAGAAAAAGGGAUGACUGAGGAAGGAAGGUUAGUUUUUAUGUUUAGCCUAGCUGACUUCGGGGUCAAGUUAGGAUUGGCCACAAUAUUUGUUCUUUCAUAAGUGCUGCUUCCAGGGGUAUUAUUGUCUAAUUUUAGUCACAUAUUCUUUUACUGAGGCAGUGUAGUUCAAAAAGAUAACUAGUGUUUGAUACUUUAUAGGCUUUGGUAACACUUUUGGGAAACCUGAUGUACUUAAGUCUUCCUAGUGUAGUCAGACAUUUCCCUUUCACUCCCCAUUUAAUGUUGGGAGAUCUUAUUACUAUCUUCUGGCACUGCUUUUUGGGCUGACAAACUGAAAAAAAAAAAUAGGUAUAGCAUCAGAGACUGUAAAAGAAGAUGCUUCAAGCAUUGUAACUAAGGGUUCCAGUUCAUUUUCACAAAUGGCGAUCAGCUGAACAGACUUUUAGGUAAAAAGCACAGUGGAGGCAAAUGGAGAAGAUUUAUUGAAGGCUGAAAUCUAUAUCCAGAGACUGCAUGCUGUACUAGUAAAAGCUAUUUGAUUUGUGGAGUUUUGCCAGAAUUUGGCUCUGACUGCCAUUUCUCACCUUCCUCCAUGUAACAUAGUCCUUUGCAAAGAGCAAUGGUAUGGCAAUGCCAAGUUUCUUACCCAGCAGUCAUUCUUGCUGGGCCAGAUCCAAAGCUGAUGCAAAGUGUCAUAGCACCUUCCAGCAGGAAGGACGAGCUGGAUUGUCACUGCCUCGUAGCCAUGGGGGUUUGUCUCUGAUUCAGAGCCAGUGGCAGUUGUGUGCCACCUUAUCUAAAAAUCUAUUUUUGCUGUUUCUUAUUUCUCUUACCAUUAUAAAGCCGGUAGAACUAUACAAAAGAACAAGAUUCUGUUCUGAUGUGUAUAUCAUCUCAGCUUUGUUAGAAGAUUACUUCUGAUAUCACAGGUAGGCUAGAUUUUUACCAAUCAUUUCAUAGAUGUCAUGAUGGGCAAAAUUUUGCCCGUGAGACCUGCUGUAUAUACAAGAAGCCACAUAAAGCUCUAAUGUUUUUUUGUUUUGUUUUGCAGAGUUGACAAGGGGGAAAAACAUAUUAAUUUAUGCAUUGACCAAACAUAAUUGAACACCACUAGUAAUGGAUAACUGCACAACCCUACCAAAUGUUAUUUUAAUAUUCCUUUUUCCAGAGCUGAUAUGAACUUCUACGUAGUGGUAAUUUUUUCCAGGGUAGCUUUAGUCCUAAUGUUAGGAAAAGAUGAUUACUAUAUAAUUGUAAUGAAGAUACUUUAAAAUACCUAGUAAGCAAAGUAAACCAGUGUUUAGCAUAUAAAAAAGAUGUUACUAUUCCAAAGAAAAACAACUGCAGCAAAAUAAUUUUCAUUUAAAAUAUCUUUGGUGGUGGACAAAACCUUCUCAGCCUUCUGUGACAAAACCAGGCUUUGUUAAGUACAUAUCUUUUAGGGAAGGUUUAAUGUUUCAAAUAGAUGCUUGAGUUGGUUCAUAUGAUUUAAAAUAAGUACAGUGUUCAGAGCCUUUGAAGUUUCAGCUUUGUUUUUUUUAAGGGAAAGUGAAAACUACUUUGGUCUUUGGAUCAGCAAGAAAUAUUUAUUGGAAGUGAAUUGAGCUGUGGUGCAUGGUGUAUAGGAAUUUGUUUUCUUUCCUUAGAGUUUUGGGCACAAUUAUCUGAUAAUCCUUUAUAAUUGUGUCUUUGUGGGUUUUUUUAGUGUUUCAAUGUUUAGAAUAGCUUUUUAAAUGGAGUACAUAACUAGUUAAGACUUAAUGGCUACUUGCCAUUACAGGACAGGCACAGAACAGUUAGCAUAUACUUGUGAAACUGUAUCAGAGCCGCUGGUAAAUGCUAGUGGGGUGUUAAAAAUUAGAUCCCUUAAGAUUUUCUUUUUGCAGGUUACAUGCCCUGUGUUGGAUUAAUCUCUUGUGUAUCCUAGUAUCUGAUUGGGUUACAUCAGGGAACAAAUUGACCCAGUUGCUUUGUCUGUGUGCUCUGUAAGUUUGCUCCCCUUACUGGAAAGUGAAAAGCUCAGGGGAUUCAAGUUGGAUAAAUGCCUGUGCAGACUGUCCUGGUUCCUCAGCUGGCAAGAAAGAGAAUAUUUAUAUUGGAAGGCAAUAUUUUAAAAUUGCUGUCCAGUUACUUAAUCUCUUCCAGAAGUCAAAACAUUGCAAAAUUAUUUAAUACAAUUUUACAUUAAUAUAUUGUAAUAAAAAAGAAAAAGAAACUCUCUGGGGAUAUUUAAGUAGGUGCCAUUAAUAUUUUACUGAAGAUGGGUCAAUGGAAUGAUUUUCCUUUAUGGAAAAUAAUUGUGUGAUCUGUCUUCAGUGAGCUAUUAGCAAGGAACCAUCAGAGGAGGAAAUCCUUUAGGGCUGCAAGUUAAUCCUGGCUUAAUUUUCAGUACAAGUUGGGUAGUUUCCUUGGUACCAACAUCAUGGAAUUUGAAAAGAGCUGUCAAUGGGCAGGGUUUGCAUAUCAUCAAAACCAAACAGAAGACAAAACCAAAAAACCAAAUUCCAGCCAGUGUUUUAGUUCAUAUGUGAUUUUUGCUGAUCCUAGGCUAAGGAAGAGGAAGGGAUGUUAAGAAAUCCCUUUUCCCAGUAUCUAGGGGAGAACCACAUUUUCUGCUUUGGUCUUCAGAGGAACAAGAGGCCUGAUAGGAGCGUGCUGGGUAUGAACUUUACAGUCAGCUGCAGUUUAACUCUGUGGGUGGCUUUCCUCCAUCUCUGGUACUGUAGAGAUUUGAGUAGAAUAAAUGGGUGAGAGCUCGCUGUUUGGUAGAUCUAUAGGAGAGAUCAUUCAAGACAAGCAUCUCUGUUAGCUUUGGGAUACUGAAGAGUGACCUCCUCUUCUUGGCAGAGGCCAAGCUGUCGUGGUGACCCACUCCUCUCUAGCCCCAGGGCAGUUCAGGAGCUGGCUGAUGGUCCCUCAGGCCCUUGUUUUUUGCUCUUGAGCAAGUGGGACUAGCUCGCUCAUGUAUGGCAGCAGGGGAGUGAUGUUCCUCGAGUGAUCCAAUACAUUAAAACCUGACAUUCAGUGGAAACACUGUGUUCCUUGCAGUGCUCUUGAGAUUUUUUUUCAGGCUGUUAGGGGACUGACAUCAGGCCUUGGGAGACCUAAAAAACCAACUCACUGAAGAUUUGGAAAUCAUCUGUAGGGCAAGGGCAAUCUUCGUUCUUUAAUGUUGUUGUAGCUAUUACUUGCUGCAGUUGCUGUUUUUCCUAUUACUUUCUGCUGUCCUGUACCAUUCUUGGAACAGGCAUUAAGUGGAGUCACGGUUCCACUGAAGUUGAUGGCAGUUACAGUCUCUUUGUACUUGAUUUUGUAUAGACCUCCAGACACGCUUUGCACUAUUUGGAAUAACUUUGACUGUAGAAGUCAAAGUUGCACUACACUAGAGCACGCUACACCAGGGUUUCUGUUGCCUGUGCUUGCUCACACACAGAGAAUGCUUAAUAAAGUUAGUUGGUAUAGUAGGAAUGAUGUUUCCAUUUCACUGAACAUGGCAUAAGAUUUAUUCUAAUAAAGUUAUUUCAAAUUAAAGACCGUGCUUGUGUGUGUUUAGGGGAAGGGUAUAAUUUCCUGUUCAUCAUUAUUGCUUCAGGACACAAUUUUGUGUCUUGAGUAAAACAGGUCAUUUCCAUUUGUUCCACCUCAGUCAUAGGGGGGUGCAGACUGACUCAGGUGAGACUUGGUUAAGGUGUUGUGAUGGGAUUCACCUCACCUGUCUUUAGCCAUCCACAAGGUAUAAUUGUCUGUGCUCCUUUUGUAGUUGAAGGAAAGAAAGAAGAGAAAGAGGGAAGUGUUCAUCCUAGGCUGACAUGGGUGGAAAAGAAUUGCCUAGUGGAAAUGCCUCUUUCCGUACUCACCAUGCAAGGAACCUGGACAACUCACUUAAACUAGGCACUUCCUUUAUGGAUGGCUGGAGUUAGCUGCAGUCAAUUCAUCAAGCCUGUGGCAUAUAAGUUUGACUACUCAAAACGUUACAGAACUCUCAGACUAUCUGUGUAAUAGUCACAAAGUAUAAUGCCAGAGCCAGCACACGUUAAAGAAAACUCACAAUUGUACAUACAUGCAUUUCACUUUUAAGCAUUGUUUUAGGUCGGUGGGAUUUGUAAUAUAAAAAUGGCCAAGUGCGUAUAUGUUUGGGCUUUUUUAAAGUUUGAAUAGUGCAAAGCAGCACCCAAGCCAGAUAAAAUAAGGACUAAAACCUCAGUAAAUCAGUUCUGAUUAAAUUUUGUAGGAAAAUAAAACAACUGCCAGGAAGAACUUGUGUUUUCAAUAGGUAAUUAUAACUCCACAUGGAAAAACUGCAAUUUUGUUUCCUCAUUAUUGCAUAACAGCAGACACGUGUGGUAAUUGUAUCUGUGCAGUGUAUGUGUAUCUCUAGGGUGUUGUGUGGUCUUGAAGAGAACAGAGUAAGCAUAUAUGUUCCCUUUAUUUUUUUCCUUCUGUUCCUCCCUCUGUAAGCUACCUCUGUUUUGAUGUAAUGGACCUAGAAAUAUAGAAAACUUUCUCUUCCAAAAGAGCAGAGAACAUGGCAGCAGUAGAUUGGCAUGAAGAAAACAAUACUUUUGCA